AUGGCGAGCGAGACGCCGGUGUCUGCGCCGCUCUCGGCUCGUGGACGACACGGAGCUGCGGGCUCCGGGACCGGCGGCACGGUGAUGCCUUCUUGCUCCGGCUCGGUAGUUCUGCCGCCCGGCGUGAUAAACCCCAAGGUUCCCAUCCGGAAUAUCAGGACGAAAUUCGCAGUCCUGGUCGGUCUUAUUCAAGUCGGGGAGGUUACCAACAGAGACAUCGUGGAGACGGUCUUAAACCUGCUGGUGGGUGGCGAGUUCGACCUGGAGACGAACUUCAUCGUGCAGGCAGCGGAGAGCGUCGCGUGCAUGGUGGAGCUGCUGGAGCACUGCGACGUCACGUGCCAGGCCGAGAUCUGGAGCAUGUUCACCGCCGUCCUGCGCAAGAGCGUGCGCAACCUGCAGACCAGCACUGAGGUGGGCCUCAUCCAGGAGGUCCUCCUUCGGAUGAACGCAGUUGACGACAUGAUCGCAGAUCUCCUGGUGGACAUGCUGGGAGUAUUAGCCAGCUACAGCAUCACCGUGCGGGAGCUGAAGCUACUUUUCAGUAUGCUGCGUGGGGAUGGAGGACUGUGGCCGAGACAUGCAGUGAAGCUCCUGGGUGUGUUGAACCAGAUGCCGCAGAGACACGGACCGGACGCCUUCUUCAACUUCCCGGGUCGCAGUGCUGCUGCAAUCGCAUUACCUCCCAUUGCCAGAUGGCCUUAUCAGAAUGGCUUCAGUCUGAACACCUGGUUCCGCAUGGACCCACUCAACAACAUCAACAUGGAUAAAGACAAGCCUUACCUUUACUGUUUCCGGACCAGUAAAGGCGUCGGCUACUCCGCUCAUUUUGUGGGCAGUUGCUUGAUUGUGACUUCGCUCAAGUCCAAAGGCAAAGGAUUCCAGCACUGCGUGAAGUACGACUUCCAGCCCCGGAAGUGGUACAUGAUCAGCGUGGUGCAUGUGUACAACCGCUGGAGGAACAGCGAGAUCCGCUGCUAUGUCAACGGGCAGCUGGUCUCCUACGGCGACAUGGCCUGGCACGUCAACACCAACGACAGCUAUGACAAAUGUUUCCUGGGCUCCUCAGAGACGGCAGACGCGAACCGGGUAUUCUGCGGACAGCUGGGAGCCAUCUACGUGUUCAGUGAGGCCCUCAACCCAUCGCAGAUCUUUGCCAUCCAUCAGCUGGGCCCUAGCUACAAGAGCACGUUCAAGUUUAAGUCGGAGAGUGACCUGCACCUGGUCGAGCACCAUAAGCAGGUGCUGUAUGACGGCAAGUUGGCCAACAGCAUCUGUUUCACCUAUAAUGCCAAAGCCACCGACGCCCAGCUGUGUCUGGAGUCCUCGCCCAGAGAAAACUCCUCCAUCUUCGUCCACUCGCCCCACGCCCUCAUGCUGCAGGACGUGAAGGCCAUCGUCACCCACUCCAUCCACAGCGCCAUUCACUCCAUCGGAGGAAUCCAGGUGCUGUUUCCCCUGUUUGCCCAGCUCGACGUCCACCAGCACAGUGAGGGCCAGGUAGAGACCACCGUCUGCGCCGCCCUGUUGGCCUUCCUGAUGGAGUUACUGAAGAGCUCCGUGGCCAUGCAGGAACAGAUGCUUGGGGGGAAGGGCUUCCUGGUGAUCAGCUACCUGCUGGAGAAGGCAUCUCGCGUGCACCUCACGCGGCCUGUGCUUGACCAGUUCCUCUCCUUCGCCAAGUAUCUGGACGGCCUAAGUCACGGGGCAGCUCUCCUCAAGCAGCUGUGUGACCACAUCCUCUUCAACGCGGCCCUCUGGAUCCACACGCCGGCCAAGGUGCAGCUCUCGCUGUACACCUACCUGUCGGCGGAGUUCAUCGGCACGGCAACCAUCUACAACACCAUCCGGAGGGUGGGAACAGUCUUGCAGCUCAUCCACACGCUAAAGUACUACUACUGGGCGGUCAACCCGGCUCCCUGCAGUGGAAUCACACCCAAAGGCCUGGACGGGCCCCGGCCCUCCCAGAAGGAGAUCAUCUCGCUGAGGGCUUUCAUGCUACUCUUUCUCAAGCAGCUAAUUCUCAAGGAUCGAGGCGUUAAGGAGGACGAACUGCAGAGUAUUCAGAAUUAUUUGCUGACCAUGCACGAGGACGAGAACCUCCACGACGUUCUCCAGCUGCUGGUAGCCCUCAUGUCCGAGCAUCCCGCCUCGAUGGUCCCCGCCUUCGACCAGAGGAACGGCAUCCGAGUGGUCUACAAACUGCUGGCCUCCAAGAGCGAGAGCAUUCGCGUGCAGGCGCUGAAGGUACUGGGUUACUUCCUGAAGCACUUGGGCCACAAGAGAAAGGUGGAAAUCAUGCACACACACAGUCUUUUCACACUUCUGGGCGAGAGACUCAUGCUACACACUAACACGCUGUCAGUGACUACGUACAACACGCUGUAUGAGAUUCUGACAGAGCAGGUGUGCACGCAGGUUGUUCACAAGCCCCACCCUGAACCAGACUCUAGCGUCAAGAUCCAGAACCCGAUGAUCCUGAAGGUGGUGGCCACCCUGCUGAAGAACUCGACGCCCAGCGCCGAGCUGAUGGAGGUGAGGCGCCUCUUCCUCUCCGACAUGAUCAAACUCUUCAGCAACAGCCGUGAGAACAGACGAUGUCUCCUCCAGUGCUCCGUGUGGCAGGACUGGAUGUUCUCACUGGGCUACAUCAACCCUAAGAACCCAGAGGAGCAGAGGAUCACGGAGAUGGUCUACAACAUCUUCCGCAUCCUGCUGUACCACGCCAUCAAGUACGAGUGGGGCGGCUGGCGCGUGUGGGUGGACACCCUCUCCAUAGCACACUCCAAAGUGACGUAUGAGGCGCAUAAGGAAUACUUAGCCAAGAUGUACGAGGAGUACCAGCGUCAGGAGGAGGAGAACAUCAAGAAGGGGAGGAAAGGGCAGGUGAGCACCAUUUCUGGGCUCUCGGCCCAGACCUCGGCCAUCAAGGGUUCGCUGGAGCUGGAUGACCAGUCCCAGACGCAGAGCCCCGAGAGUGAGGCGGGCGAUCCCGAGACGGCCGACCCCGGGCGCGACAUCCUGACGGAAGCCCAGGCGGAGAAGGCGGCCCCGGGCGUGGGCGUGGAGGUCCAUGACCUCCUGGUGGACAUCAAGGCUGAGAAGGUGGAGGCCACGGAGGUGAAACUGGAGGACAUGGACCUGUCUCCCGAACCGCCGCUGGGCACAGUAGGCGGCGGCGGCCUGGUAGGCGUGGACUCCCUCCUGGACAACGUGUACUCGGUCGCCGUGGAGAAUCUGAACGGCAGCGUGAACGACGUGCUGGUGCCCGAGCUGGAACAGAAGAGCGUAGGGCCUCUAAUCACGCUGGCCGAGGACAAGGACAUCCGGCCGGCCGCCGGAUCCUUCCUGUUCGCCGGCUCCGCUGCCCCCGCCGACCUGCUGCCCGAGAUGGCCGCAUCUGAGCCGUUACCCCUGCCGGGCGUCCGGCCACGGGUGCGCACUGGCACCGCGGACCUGGGCCUGCUGCCUCGCCCGGCCGGUGCCUCGGAGGCCGACUCCGGCUCGACCGCCUUGGAGGACUGCUUUGAGCUCCGGUCCACUCCUGGGCCUUUCGGGUCCCCGCCACAGGGUGACGGCACUUCCAAGAGUCCUGAACAGGCGGAGGCCACAGCCCGAGACGUGGAGGCGUCUGGCGUGGUGAGGAACGGUGCCCACGUGGCUGGCGCCGCCUCAGACACGGAGCGGUCUGACGAGGGCAAGGAGAAGGAGGUGAAGAAGAUCCUGACCACUGCCACCACACAGGGCUUCCCUGGGCGAGGGGGCGGGCCUGUGGACCGGGACGUGCGGCUGGACCUGGGCUUCCGGGCCACGCUCGUGAGCGAGGAGCAACGGCACCAGUUCAGCCCGGGCCCGCGCACCACUAUGUUCCGUAUCCCGGAGUUCAAAUGGUCCCCCAUGCACCAGCGCUUGCUCACGGACCUGCUGGUGGCCCUCGAGGCCGACGCCCACGUCUGGAGGAGCCACUCUACAAAGUCCGUCAUGGACUUUGUGAACAGCAACGAGAACAUCAUCUUUGUGCACAACACCGUCCACCUCAUCUCUCAGAUGGUGGACAACAUCAUCAUCGCCUGCGGAGGAGUUCUCCCUCUCCUCUCUGCUGCCACAUCACCCUCUAGUACCAAGGCGGAGCUGGAAGGGAUGGAGGUGACGCAGGGCAUGUCCUCGGAGACGGCCGUCACCUUCCUGACGCGCCUCAUGUCCAUGGUGGACGUGCUGGUGUUCGCCAGCUCUCUCAGCUUCAGCGAGAUUGAGGCCGAGAAGAACAUGUCCUCCGGAGGCCUGAUGCGCCAGUGCCUCAGACUCGUGUGCUGUGCGGCCGUCAGGAGCUGUUUGGAGUGCCGGCAGCGUCAGCGGAACAGGGGGCUGAAAUGCUGUCUGUCCAGCGCUAAAACCCCAGACAGCCUGCAGGGUGUGGCAGCUGCCAGCAAGGCUUCCAUGGAGAAUUUCCCUGGGAACCUUUCUCCCAUCAAGGACCCGGACCGCCUCCUUCAGGACGCGGACAUCAAUCGUCUGCGUGCGGUCGUUUUCCGGGAUGUCGACGACGGAAAGCAGGCCCAGUUCCUGGCCCUGGCUGUCGUCUACUUCAUCUCUGUCCUCAUGGUGUCAAAGUACCGGGACAUCCUGGAGCCGCAGCGGGAGACGGCCAGGGCCGUCAGCCAAUCGGGGAGGAGCGUUCGGCAGGAAAUCAACUCCCCCACGAGCACAGAGAACCCACUGCCUUUCUCAGACGGAAGGAAGGAGACCCCGCCUCCAGGGGUGGAGCCACUCUCUGAAGCCUCCCUGCCUCACUCGGACUCAGGCCUCGGGGAGGAGCCGACAUCCGGUGUGCUGAACGGGGCCGAACCAGACCCCUGCCCCGGCGGUCCGAACGGCCUGCGCGGCCUGCUCUGCACCCUGUCCUCGGAAGUCCGGUCCCAGGAGAGCCUGGCCGAGGGGUCCCCGGGCACCUCGGUUUCCAGCGUCGGCCAGGGCAAGGGCAUCAACGUGAAGGAGAUCCUCAAGAGCCUGGUGGCAUCGCCCCUGGAGACGGCCGAGGGCCGCCCCGAGCUGCUGCCCUACCCUGUCCACCAGGCCGCCACGAGGGAGCCCCACGUCCUGCUGCCCAUGCAGUUCCACUCAUUCGACAGGAGUGUGGUCGUGCAGGCCAAGAAGCCUGGUAUGGCGGUGAACACUGUGGCCAGCUCGGGGUCCUCCACCUCAGGCAGCACCCACAACAUCUUCGCCGCAGCCUCUGCUACGCCCAAAAGCAUGAUCAACACGACAGGUGGGGCAGACCCAGCGUCUUCCUCCUGCUCCUCUUCCUCUGGCUUUGUUAACGGGGCGACCAGCAAGAAUCUCCCUGCGGUGCAGACGGUCGGGCCCAUGCCUGAGGACUCCAUGGAGAAUAUGAGCAUCACCACUAAGCUGGAGCGAGCUCUGGAGAAGGUUGCCCCCUUGCUGAGGGAGAUCUUCGUGGACUUUGCGCCCUUUCUGAGCCGCACCCUGCUGGGCAGCCACGGCCAGGAGCUCCUCAUUGAAGGUCUGGUGUGCAUGAAGUCCAGCACCUCUGUGGUGGAACUCGUCAUGCUGCUGUGCUCUCAGGAGUGGCAGAACUCCAUCCAGAAGAAUGCUGGCUUGGCCUUUAUUGAGCUGAUCAACGAGGGAAGACUCCUGUGCCACGCUAUGAAGGACCACGUGGUGCGUGUGGCCAACGAGGCGGAGUUCAUCCUGAACCGUCAACGGGCCGAGGACGUCCACAAGCACGCAGAGUUCGAGUCCAACUGUGCCCAGUAUGCUGCAGACAGGAGGGAGGAGGAGAAGAUGUGUGACCACCUGAUUGGUGCUGCCAAGCACCGUGAUCAUGUGACAGCCAAUCAGCUGAAGCAGAAGAUUGUCAACAUCCUCACCAACAAACAUGGCGCAUGGGGGGCACUGGCUCACAGUCAGCUGCAUGACUUCUGGCGUCUUGACUACUGGGAAGACGACCUCAGGAGGAGGCGGAGAUUUGUCCGGAACCCCUUCGGCUCCACCCACUUGGACAUCACGUGCAAAUCGCUAGAGGAUUAUGGUCGUGAGGACGAGCAUGUGAUGAAGGGGAGGAAGGGCCUGCACAGCCAGGCAGUGGCCAAUCAGAACACGGAGGCGGAGCUGACGCUGGAGGGGGAGGACGACGUCGUGAGUCUGCUGCAGGAGAAGGACAUGGACAACCUGGCAGGCCCCGUGGUGCUGAGCACCCCCGCGCAGCUCAUAGCGCCUGUUAUCGUGGCUCGUGGGACUCUUUCCAUCACCACGACUGAAAUUUACUUCGAGGUUGACGAAGAUGACCCAGCCUUCAGACGCAUCGGAGCCAAAGUGCUGGCCUAUUCGGAUGGACUGCAUGGGAAAUGGAUGUUCAGCGAGAUACGUGCCGUGUUUUCCCGCCACUAUCUGCUCCAGAGCACAGCGCUUGAGGUCUUCAUGGCCAACAGAACCUCUGUGAUGUUUAACUUCCCUGAUCAGCCCACGGUGAAGAGGGUGGUCUACAGCUUACCUCGGGUGGGGGUCGGCACCAGCUAUGGACUCCCCCAGGCCAGGCGGAUCUCCCUGGCAACGCCCCGGCAGCUCUUCAAGUCCUCCAACAUGACCCAGCGCUGGCAGAGGCGGGAGAUCUCCAACUUUGAGUACCUGAUGUUCCUCAACACCAUCGCAGGGCGGACCUACAACGACCUGAACCAGUACCCCGUCUUCCCCUGGGUCCUCACCAACUACGAGACUGAGGCGUUGGACCUCACCGUGCCUGGCAACUUCAGGGAUCUAUCCAAGCCAAUCGGAGCUCUGAACCCAAAGCGUGCAGUGUUCUACGUGGAGCACUAUGAAUCAUGGGACGAGGAGACGCCGCCCUGCCACUACAGCACUCACUACUCGACCGCGGCCGCCGCCCUCCACUGGCUGGUCAGAAUAGAGCCGUACACCACCUUCUUCCUCAGCACCAACAGCAACAAGUUCGAGCACCCGGACCGCACGUUCUCGGGGGUGGCCCACUCCUGGAGGCACUGCCAGCGCGACACGUCCGACGUGAAGGAGCUGAUCCCGGAGUUCUACUACCUGCCAGAGAUGUUUGUGAACAGUAACGGCUACUGUCUGGGAGACAGGGAUGACGGAACCCCCGUGUGUGACGUGGAGCUGCCAGCCUGGGCCAAGACACCCGAGGACUUUGUUAGGAUCAAUAGGAUGGCCCUGGAGAGUGAGUUCGUGUCAUGCCAGCUGCACCAGUGGAUUGACCUCAUCUUCGGCUACAAGCAACGCGGCCCCGAGGCCGUGCGUGCCCUCAACGUCUUCCCCCACCUGACCUACGAGGGCUCCAUCAGCCUCGACAGCCUUGCGGCUGACCCCCUCCUCCGCGAGGCUGUAGAGGCACACAUCCAGAGUGUUGGACAGACGCCAUCUCAGUUGCUCAUCGAGCCCCAUCCUCCACGUAGCUCCGCCAUGCACCUGUGCUUCCUCCCACAGAGUCCGCUCAUGUUCAAGGACCAGAUGCAGCAGGAUGUCAUCAUGGUCCUCAAGUUUCCCUCCAACUCGCCCGUCACCCACGUGGCAGCCAACACGCUGCCCCACCUGGCCACGCCCGCCGUCGUCACGGUCACCUGCAGCCGACUGUUCGCCGUCAACCGCUGGCACAACACCGUGGGUCUGCGUGGAGCUCCAGGGUACUCUCUGGACCAAGCCCAUCAUCUGCCUAUUGAAAUGGACUCUCUGAUCGCCAAUCACGCGGGAACGACCAAGAGGCAGAUCACGGACCUGGUGAACCAGAGCGUCCAGAUCAACUCACAGUGCUUCGUGGUUACAGCGGACAACCGUUACAUUCUAGCGUGUGGAUUCUGGGAUAAGAGCUUUCGUGUCUAUUCCUCAGAAACAGGCAAGCUCACGCAGAUAGUGUUCGGCCACUGGGACGUGGUCACGUGUCUGGCUCGCUCGGAGUCGUAUAUCGGGGGCGACUGCUACGUUGUGUCAGGCUCCAGAGAUGCCACUCUGCUGCUGUGGUACUGGAGUGGACGGCACCACAUUAUAGGAGACAACCCCAACAACAGCGAUUACCCGGCAGCACGAGCGGUUCUGACCGGUCACGACUACGAGGUGGUGUGUGUGUCCGUCUGUGCUGAGCUUGGCCUGGUCAUCAGCGGAGCAAAAGAGGGCCCGUGUCUGGUGCACACUAUCACGGGGGACCUGCUCCGGGCCCUGGAGGGGCCGGACAACUGCCUGUUCCCACGCCUCAUCUCGGUGUCCAGCGAGGGCCACUGCGUCAUCUGCUACGAGAGGGGCCAGUUCUGCAACUUCAGCAUCAACGGCAAGCUGCUCGCCCAGAUGGAGAUCAACGACUUCACCCGCGCUGUCCUUCUGAGCAGUGACGGUCAGAUGCUGGUGACCGGCGGAGACAACGGCGUGGUUGAGGUGUGGCAGACCUGCGACUUCAAGCAGCUCUACGUCUACCCGGGCUGCGACGCUGGUAUCAGAGCCAUGGACCUGUCGCACGACCAGAGGACCCUGAUCACAGGCAUGGCGUCUGGCAGCAUUGUAGCAUUCAACAUCGAUUUCAACCGCUGGCAUUACGAGCAUCACAAAAGGUACUGAGCGCGCUCCGUAGACAUCAGGCUCUGCCUGCCACGGGAAACAGUCGGGGUAACAGCCGGGGUAACAGCGAGCCCCUCUUAGCCGGACACACAGAGGGGGGAACUCGAAGGACAAGGGCGAAGGUUCUUUUUUCCAGCAGAGGGCCCGAGUACAGAGACCCGAGUACAGAGUGUCGUCCUGUACGAAACCUUCGGGUUGGCUCCAGUAUCUGCACUACUACAGCACUGUAUGUACAGUGACAGCUAAACAAAACAAAAAACAAAACAAAAAGCCCAGAAACCCCUGAAUGUUAGAGCCACACAAACUCCGGUCCAGAACCAGAACGCGAGGUUUCGCGUUUUGUCCGAACAACAGUGAGCUGAUGUGUAUCGGCCUCUUCACUUGCAGUCCCAUCGUUUAAACUGUGAAAAUAUGGCUCCGUGCAGAGGAACCACCCCUGUGUUUCCGCACUGUACAUUUGUAUAUGGUAGCAGUGCAUUUCACCUCCUGGAGAACUAUUUUCAGGGUAAAUAGUGGUGGAUGGUGUAAACAUGCAUAUCAUCAAAAUAUAUUCCUUGAAGUUUAUGGGGUAUCUUCUCUAAAGCCUGUUUGUGAAACUCAUAAAAUUGUCUGUAAGGGUCUGUAAACAGUGAUGCAGCAAAGAGUUUCUGUCUGUCAGAGGUCAGUCAUGAUUUUUAACAUGAAAUUGUUUUUCGGUGUGUUGUGACCAAAAUGAGCCCGCGUUUACUGUAAAACGUGCUGUUUGUUAUUUCUCUCUUUAAUUCGAUGUGACGUACUCAUUAAAUCUGUUUGAUUUGAAAACAAAACCCCCCCCGAAAACUUUGACUGUUUAUGCAACGUUUCCCCUCAACAUUAAUCAAUUACUUCUUCCGUGCAAGUUUCAAGGACAGGGCUGACGGUCCUUCUAAAACUUCAGAUGGUUAUUGGAGAACGGGUGGGUAUGAUAAGAACGCAGCUGCAUGCGUUUAUAUCUUAACUCUUUACUGUCUGGAAGGUUACAGUCGACGUAAAACACGUUUUGGGUAGAUGACUUUUUCAAUCUACUGGUGACAUGGUGCCAAUAUUUUUCCACUAAUUUUGAAUGUGUUUGGUUCAAGUUUGGGCUUAUGUUUUUGUUUGAGCUUGUUUUUAUUAGCCUAAUUGAUUUUCAGUAAGUGAAAACUAUUUGAUUUCAGAUUGUCAGUUAUAUUCACAGAGCAACAUCAUCAAGCUUCAGUAGCGUGACAAUAAAAUUACAAUGAAAUGUUUUGAUUUCAAGCUUGAUUCAUAAUUCUGAUAUCUGGCACUAAAGAUUGCACCAAUAUUGUAAACUUUGUGAUUACUGUUAGUAAGCAAUAUAGUAUGUAAAAAAAAACAAAAAACAAAAAACAUGAGACUAUGGAUUAGGUUAGCCAAGGCUAGAACAGACAGGAGGCUAGAAGUUUGUGAAAGACUGUCACCGUGUUUUCAGCAAAAUAUGAACUAUCCAACAUGUACUGUACGUGAGACAAAGAAUGGUUCUAAAAAUCGAUUUUGCCUUUUUAUUUGUGAAAUGUCCCUCUGUUAUGCAGGAGUCUUGUUAUAUGUGCAUUUAGGAUUUAAUGUGUUAGAAGAAUCAUUUGGAUUUGAAAACAUUACCUACUGAUGUUUGUUUCCCUCUCAGUAAACAUCAAGAUAUAUGAGCCAAAUUCUACUGCAAGUAUUCUGUUUUAUUUUUGAAAAUGGUUCUGUUGUCCAUAUUUUGCAGAUAUCAAUAUUGAUUUUUAGGACUUUUUUGGUUGAAUAUAUUGUAUUUGUCUCUUAUCAGUACCGUUCAAGAGAUUAAGUUGUUUAUAAUAAAAUGUGAUCAAAUUCGUUUUUAGCAUAUGUUCAUGCAGUAUGAUAAAUGUGUACAUUGUGAACUCUUAUCAAUGCCAAAAGACCCAGAUCUUUUUUUAUCCUAAAUGCCGUGCACUUUUAUGAAGCUUGCGUAAGCAUGUCCAACAAGUAGCCAUGUAUAUCCCUAAAAGAAAUGGACUCAAGCAACUAUAUCCAGGCAAAUCUCUAGAUGAGGUUGAGCAUCUGUAGCUGUGUGAUAAUCUAGAUGAGGUGGGGAUUGACAAACUUGCUUCAUUCUGUUUGUUCCACUUCAACUUUGCCAAAUCUUAAAACCAGGACACGCGUUUCCUUUGAGGACAUGGUUUAUUCCCAGGUUUGGCUGGUUUCUCCCAGCACCAUUGUGGGAUGACUGCUACUUGGAAGCCAAACUGCUCUCUGCUCAUGAUCAGGAGAAAAGGCUGCGUGCCCCUACACAGUCCACCCAAGAGGCAGUUGUAUAGCUAUAUAAACACCUAGUCGGUGUCCACACAGAUCAGUUCACUGGACCUUUUGCAUAUGAGCCAUAAUAAUUUCGCAUAUAGCGGUGGUGUACAUAAUGUGAUCUCAUACAAUAUGGUCACUGUCCUAUCUAAAAACAUGGAGGUCCAAGACGGCAUUCACGUAGAAUUCAUUACAAGAAUAAGUAACACGGCAGAUAAAGGAUUUUUCUCUGUAUUCGCAAAAGAAAAAGUCUUGCAUGCUGUCACAAAUACCUCUUCUCCACCAUACCUCAGGUGCGUCCUCGCGUAAACGUCGUAUCCCAGAAGCCUUGGCAUGCUAAAGGCUCUUUUUAAACAUCCCCCAGAAUGGUAGUCACACGAAACCAACAUACACUUUACGUUGCCCGUUGCUUUAUAUGUGUUGCCUGUAGACAGAAUUGAUCAAAUCUGGGGACAAAGAAAGUUAAAAAUGGAAUCUUAUUUGGGUGAAAGUGUUCAUAAUACCCUCGUGUAUACAAGACCUGGGAUGAGCUGAAGACUUCAGAGGGUGAAGUAUUAGUCACAAAUGUUUCCUCUGAACGACUUUGUUCACAGAUUUUGUAGAAAGUUAACAUUUUAAAUAAAUCAUAUCAUUUAAAAACAAAACAAGUUUUCCUUAGAUAGGAAAGUCAGUGCUGCUUGAUAUUUUGAUAUAGAACAAAUUAUUCUUCAGAAAUUCUGUUUAUGCUUCCACAUUCCCAAUGGUCUGACGUCUUAGAAAUGAAUGUUUACAUGCUCUGAAACACAGGCACGUUUUUGGCCUUUACCUCGCAACUCUUCUUUCUUUUUUUCUUCGCCACUGACCAUAACAAAGUCUUGCAGUCGACAAAAGACACGUCCAGACACAGAGUUUCAGAACUGUGGUGUUCAGAAGGUCCAGGCUACACAUUCACCUUCUACAGUUCCAAACAUCUAUCCUCGGUGGGAUUAGACCAUCAUCGCAGCCCGCAGAGGACGUGCAGCCUGAGUGCGAGAUUAGCGAAUGCAAACUUCUGAAGCAGACGCAUUCAUCCCUUUGACCGCAUGUCAGUUUGGGUCUUUCUCUUAUAAUCUGUUACCAGCCAACUGAGCGGAAGUGACGUGGCUACUAAUCCCGUGUGACCAAAACUGCACCUUCUCUUUCCUUCUAUUGCUUCUUGGUACCAUUAAAAAUUCAGCAGUAACAGUGUGCCUCCAUUAUUAAGUCUACCAGAUCAACAAAACAUUUAUAGCAGCAAGCGUUACUGACAUUUCAUAUACAGUUCCUUUCCUAGCAUAUUUAAAACAGCAUCUGUCAAUUAAAAAAACACAAUUUAACCAAUCUCUAUACCACUUAUCUGGUAAAUCGUGUAUACGAUAUCUAAUACAUUUAUGAUAUGAUAUUGCUAGAACAUUCAAGACCCCAGUGAAUUUUAAGACUUUUAAAUGUGAAAUAUUCAAAAAAUUGAAAACUUAAAAAAAAAAAAAAAACAACCUUGAAAAGAAUCUUUAGAAGAAGAACUGUGGGUGACUCAGAAAUUGGUGGAUUUGCGUAUAACCUUUAAGAUAAAUGUCAAAAUAAAUAUAAAAACUGAUCAUCUAUAUUUUUUUUUUUACAAAAGAUACAUAACUAAUGAGGUUUCAUAACUUCAGUGGAAGAUUAUGAUCUUAAGGUCUACCAGGUUUGUGUAUCAGAAGGAGAA